UAGCCACUAAACUUCCUAACUACCACGUUAUAAGGAAAGGCGAUCACAAAGAUUAAUUAAAAAAAUGCUUAUACACACUUUAGCUGUAAGUGAAGCUGGAUCAUGAAUGAUCCGCGCGAACAUAGAUGGAUAUAUGUAGAUCGGGAUGUGCAUUCCAUUCACAAACAAAUGUAAUCUACUGCAUCUUCAGCUGCUUAGAUGUCGGGAGUAAAUGACGACCACUAUGUUCAUUAUUACAUCCAGCAACACAACACCUCAAUCGCUCAAUCGGAGAUAUUCUUGUCUAACUUACAUCCCUGCUUCGGCAUCGAAACAAGCAGAGUUACUGGACUGUGACAGCUGGUCUGAGGAAGAUCCUGAGUCGCUUUCCUCAGGACAUCAGUCUGGCGUUUGCUUAUGGAUCCGCUGUGUUCAGACAGACUGGAAGCUCUCAAGGUCAGAUGGGGAAGAACAUGCUGGACUUUGUGUUUGCUGUGGAUGAUCCAGUCACAUGGCACACCAUGAACCUCAUAGAGAACAGAAAGCAUUACUCUUUUCUCAAAUUUUUGGGGCCGAAACACAUAAGCAGCAUACAAAAUGACUAUGGAGCUGGAGUUUACUUUAACACCCUCGUCUCUGCUGAAGAUAGGGUGAUAAAGUACGGGGUGAUCAGUACAGAUGCUCUGAUCAAUGACUUACUCCACUGGAAAACCCUGUACGUAGCUGGCAGAUUACACAAACCUGUUCGGAUUCUGCUCCAGAAUGAGAAUGGAAAGCUACGGGCUGCUCUUGUAAGGAAUUUGAAAAGUGCCGUGAUCGCUUCUUUUCUCAUGCUGCCAGAAAGUUUCUCAGAAGAAGACCUCUUCCUCCAGAUAGCUGGCUUGUCCUACUCUGGAGAUUUCAGAAUGGUGAUUGGUGAGGAUAAAUCCAAGGUUUCCAACAUUGUAAAAGACAACAUGCCACAUUUCCGGAAGUUAUAUAACAAUAUUCUUCAAGAGUGCCCACAGGUGGUAUACAAGCCUCAGCAGGGCCGACUGGAGGUUGACAAAAGCCCGGAGGGUCAGUUCACGCAGCUCAUGGCUCUUCCUUGCACUCUACAGCAGCAAAUCACACGUCUGGUGGACCGUCCUGGGAAGAACAGAGACGUGGAGGAGAUCCUCCUGCAGGUGGCGCAAGACCCAGACUGCGGCUCCGUCGUACAGCAAGGAAUUUCAUCAAUUGUAAAAUCCUCCAGUAUAACACAAAGUGCCAAAGGAAUCGCCACCGCUGGUCUUGUCAAAACAGUGUCAUACAGUGCAAAAAAGCUGCAGAAAAUGUGGAGAGGCUGGCGAAGAAAACCAUCAUGACUGAAAAUGAUUUCUAAACGUGUUUCACAAUACUGUCAAAUAUAGCAUUUCCAUAUUGUUAUCCACAGUUCGUAUUUUUUGACAAUCUAAGUAUAAAAUUGACCUAUGACUGCAAGAGUGCUUGUGAUCCAUUCUCUAAUGCGCAAUAUUCCUGAGAAAAUGUCAAUAAACCUUUCUAAGUAUUUU